CUAUCAGUAAUUCCAUGUCGUAUCAAGCCGGAUUCUUUUCACCAGCGUCGUAUUUAUGACGUAACUUCCGCCUUUUAGCACAACAAGGGAAGCUAUCUUUUUAGCAUCGAAAAUGAGUUUAUUUUUGACUAAAUUAGCUUCUAAAAGAGACAUAGAUGAAGUCAUCAAAAGUGUAGCAGAAAAAGUCGUUGUUUUGAGGUUCGGGAGAGACGAAGACUCUGUUUGUCUGCACCUCGAUGAAAUUCUGUCAAAAACCGCCCAUGACUUGAGCAACAUGGCGUCCAUCUACAUCGUUGAUGUGGAUAAAGCUCCCAUCUACACGAGAUACUUCGACAUCAGUUACAUCCCCUCUACCGUUUUCUUCUUUAACGGACAGCACAUGAAAGUGGAUUAUGGAUCUCCAGAUCACACCAAGUUUGUUGGCAGCUUCAAGACCAAACAAGAUUUCAUGGAUCUGAUUGAGGUCAUAUACAGAGGGGCCAUGCGUGGGAAGAUGAUUGUGCAGAGUCCCAUCGAUCCACGAAAUAUUCCCAAAUUUGACCUCCUAUACCAUGGAAUAUAAAAUGAACACCUGCACAAUGUGGGACAUUAAGAUCAUAAGGAUUUCCAACAUGUUUGUUUGAAAUAUGUGCGUUUUGAUGAAAUAGGUUAUGCGAAUUUACUUCAUGCCUUGUAAAAUGCACUCAUGUUGAUGUUUCCUAUGGAAAACUGGCUGUAUUUACAAAGUGAGACACAAUAUUAUCAAUGUACAUGCUCAUGCUUUUAUAAUAAACUUCUUUUUUUUUUUUUAA